CUUGCAUCAUCUUCCCUCCUUCCCCACGCCAGCAUAAUUUCUCCCUCCGGCCCUUUUUAUAAAUUAAUUAAAAAAACUUCUCUAAUAAUUAUCAUCACAGAUCCAAAUUUAUCAGCAAAUCUCACACACAACACCUUUUACUGCGUGUUUCACAUAUACAUUUACCCAGACUUUAAUAUCUUCUGAAAACACCUUGAUCAAAAUUAUACAGAGAAAUUGUGGUUUCUCCUAAUUCUACAACGCGGUUAAGGAAUGUCGAGCGACAGUGACGAUGAAGAUGAGCUGCUGCAGAUGGCAUUGAAGGAGCAGGCCGAGCGGGAUCUCAAUUACCGGAAGCCAUCUCAGCAACAGCCGUCCAAGCCUGUUCGGAAUUACGUCCAGCCUCCGGCGCCGCGCCGCGGUGGAGGAACUCCGGCGAGGAACUCCAAUUCAAGUGCGGCAGCGGUGCAGCAGAAGAAGAGCGGGAGUAGUAACAGUGAUAGGAGUAGGAUCAAUCACCAGCAGCAGCAGCAAAGAAAGGUAGUGGAGGAUGAUGAUGAUUCGGAGGUGGAAAUGUUGAGUAUUUCGUCUGGGGAUGAGGAAUUUUCGUCCAAGGAUAGGGCCAAGUAUGGGGCUGGGUCAAAGGGAAGGGCGGCGAGUGGUGGAGGGAGGGGAGGUAGGGAUGACGAUAAAGGUUGGGACGGAGGUGAGCCUGAUUGCUGGAAGCAUGUUGACGAAUCUGAGCUUGGACGAAGGGUUCGUGAGAUGAGAGAAUCGCGAGCUGUUCCAUUGGUUCCAAAGAUUGAGGCAGCUGCAUUAGCUAAAAAGGGGCUUAGUAGUUUGCAGUCUCUUCCUCGUGGCAUGGAAUGGAUAGAUCCUCUUGGAUUGGGGAUAAUUGACCACAAAACAUUCAGGUUGAUGAGUGAUUCAGGACCAGUCCCUUCGUUGAUUGAAAAAGAACCUUUAGAUGCCAAUGCUCGUGAAAAGUUAAAUUAUUACUCCGAGAAAUUCGAUGCGAAGCUCUUCCUUUCUCGGGUGCACUAUGAUACUACUGCAGCAAAUUUGGAAGCUGGUGGUCUUGCUUUGAAAACUGAUCUGAAAGGACGGACUCAAGCAAAAAAGCAGUUGGUGAAGGAAAAUUUUGAUUGUUUUGUUUCUUGUAAAACAACUAUUGAUGAUAUCGAAUCAAAGUUAAAACGGAUUGAGGAUGACCCUGAGGGUUCUGGGACGACUCACUUGUUUAAUUGCAUUCAAGGAGUCAAUUCAAUUGCUAAUCGUGCUUUUGAGUCUUUAUUUGAGAGGCAGGCGCAAGCAGAAAAGAUAAGGUCUGUGCAAGGAAUGCUUCAGAGAUUUCGGACCCUCUUCAACUUGCCAAGCACAAUUCGUGGGAACAUCAGUAAGGGUGAAUAUGACCUGGCAGUCAGGGAGUACAGGAAAGCUAAAUCCAUCGUGCUGCCAUCUCAUGUGGGGAUUCUGAAACGUGUCUUGGAGGAGGUUGAGAAAGUAAUGCAAGAGUUCAAAGCCAUGCUGUAUAAGUCUAUGGAAGAUCCACAUAUUGAACUGACAAAUCUUGAAAACAUUGUCAGGCUUUUAGUGGAGUUGGAACCAGAUUCUGAUCCCGUAUGGCAUUACCUUAGCAUGCAGAAUCGUAGAAUUCGAGGUUUGCUUGAGAAGUGUACUGUCGAUCAUGACAUGAGGAUGGAAGCUUUGCGCAAUGAAACACGUGAAAAAGCUCUAUUAGAUGCAAAAUGGAAGAGAAUUCAAGCAGAUCUGAACCAGUCUUUAGAUGUCGAUGACUCUCAUGCUUUUGGGGCACAACUUCCGGAAGAUCUGCAUUCACUAGGCCAGACUGGUGAAGAAGUUGAUGCCUUGAGGGGAAGAUACAUUCGCAGAUUAACUGCUGUACUCAUCCAUCAUGUUCCAGCCUUCUGGAAAGUAGCCCUCUCUGUUUCUACUGGGAAGUUUGCGAAGUCUUCUCAAGUAUCUUCUGAUUCAAGUGCUACUGCACAUGGAAACAAAACUGAGGAAAAAGUUGCCGAUGGAAAAAUUACAAGUCAUUCCCUUGAUGAGGUUGCUGGAAUGAUACAGGAUACUCUAUCAGCUUAUGAAUCAAAGGUUCUUAGCACAUUCCGUGGCCUCGAAGAAUCGAAUGUACUUUGUCCGUCAAUUAUUGGUUCUAUAAAGGAGAUUUCUAAAGCAUGUCAAGCCUUUGAAGUGAAAGAAUCAGCUCCUUCUGUUGCUGUUGUAGCACUUCGGACCCUUCAGUGUGAAAUUACCAAGAUUUACAUACUAAGGCUUUGCUCAUGGAUGCGUUUAUCAUCUGAAGAGAUAUCGAGAGAUGAGUCUUGGGUUCCUGUGUCCAUUUUGGAGAGGAACAAAUCUCCUUACACUAUCUCUUCGUUGCCUCUGGCAUUUCGCGCAAUUAUUGUGUCAGCAAUGGAUCAGAUCGACCAGAUGAUCCAGUCUUUAAGGAAUGAGGCUGCGAAGUCAGAAGACAUUUAUGUUCAUCUUCAACGAAUCCAAGAGUCUGUUAGACUUGCCUUUUUAAACUGCUUGCUUGGUUUUGCUGGUCACCUUGAGCAACUUGGCAGUGAGCUGAAUCAGACUAAAUCAACAAAGGAAAGUCCAAUGUAUCAAAAUGGUUAUUCUCAUGAAUUCCAAGAGAAGCCGUUUGAUCCCCUUCCCGGAAGUGUUACUGACCCACAUCAACAGUUGCUUAUGGUCUUGAGUAAUAUUGGAUAUUGUAAAGAUGAAUUAGCUCGUGAAUUGCACAGAAAGUACCGACAUAUAUGGCUUACAUCAAGGGAGAAAGAUGAGGACACGGACAUGCAAGAUUUGAUAAUGUCAUUCUCGGGGCUUGAAGAAAAAGUGCUUGAACUGUACACUCUUCCAAAGACAAAUCUAAUCAGAACAGCUGCUGUAAGUUAUUUGCUGGAUGCUGGAAUUCAAUGGGGCGCGGCUCCUGCUGUAAAAGGUGUGCGAGAUGCAACUGUGGAAUUGCUGCACACUCUUGUUGCAGUGCAUGCCGAGGUUUUUGCUGGUUGUAAGCCUUUGUUGGAUAAGACACUUGGCAUCCUUGUUGAAGGCCUGAUCGACACUCUACUGAGCCUUUUUCAUGAAAACGAAACAAAAGAACUUAGGGCUUUGGAUGCGAAUGGUUUCUGUCAACUUAUGCUUGAGCUUGAGUAUUUUGAGACGAUAUUGAAUCCAUAUUUCACUUCUGAGGCAAGAGAAUCUUUGAAGUCUUUACAAGGAGACCUAUUGGAGAAGGCAACUGAGAGUGUCUCAGAGACAAUUGAAACCCCAAGUCAUCAACGGCGGCCUACACGUGGAAGCGAUGAUGUCCUAGCUGAUGAGAGGCAAGGAAUGUCUGUCUCCCCUGAUGACUUAUUAGCACUAGCCCAGCAAUACAGUUCUGAGCUUCUUCAAACCGAACUGGAGAGGACUCGCAUCAACACAGCAUGUUUUGUGGAGUCCAUCCCGUUAGACUCUGUUCCAGAAUCAGCAAAAGUUGCUUAUGCAUCUUUCAGAGGAUCGAUGGACUCGCCUUCCUUUCGAGGAAUGGAUUCUCCUAGCAGCAGAAGUUACAAAAGCUCUCAGUCUUUUGGUUCUCCAAGUUUCUCUAGGCACAGGCGUAGAUAAAAUCCAAAUUCUUUGUUUAUUCGUUCUCUUUCACUCUGUAUUUGUUGUAUUCUAGCAGUUACUGUAUUCUUUAUGGAGGAGAGAGGCCUUACAUGUCUCAGAAAUUUGAUUUUCUUUACACGCCUUGUUUGCGGUCAUUGUAUUUGCGAGACGGAGUAUCCAUUAUAGAGAGCUUGUUUGUAAAGCGUAUACGUCUGCAUUUGUUCUUAUUGGUUUUUUCUUUUUUCUGAACUCAUUGAUUGGUAAAUUGUAAGUAAAUUCCUGCGAUCUUGGAUUUCCAAGUCUUACUCAAAUAAAUAUAGUCGAAAUAAAAUGUUAGUAUUCUCAAAGUUUGUAGAUUCCCGAAGGUAGAUAUGUUGUGGAAAAUGACGAGUCACACCACGUUGUAAUCGUUAUCUAUUUCGGGGUUGGAGUAGGAAUAGUUUUAACUUGUAGACACUCAAUAUUAUCUAUACUCAGUUCUGUAUAUGUUAUGGUUAUGACUUAUGAAGC